AUGAGAGAGCCGGCGCUGGCAGCCAGCGCCAUGGCUUACCACCCGUUCCACGCGCCCCGGCCCGCCGACUUCCCCAUGUCCGCCUUCCUGGCGGCGGCGCAGCCUUCCUUCUUCCCGGCGCUCGCGCUGCCGCCCGGAGCCCUGGCCAAGCCUCUGCCCGACCCGGGUCUGGCGGGGGCGGCGGCGGCGGCGGCUGCAGCGGCGGCGGCGGCCGAGGCGGGGCUGCACGUCUCGGCGCUCGGCCCGCACCCACCCGCCGCGCAUCUGCGCUCUCUCAAGAGCCUGGAGCCCGAGGACGAGGUGGAGGACGACCCCAAGGUGACGCUGGAGGCCAAGGAGCUGUGGGACCAGUUCCAUAAACUGGGCACCGAGAUGGUCAUCACCAAGUCCGGGAGGCGGAUGUUCCCCCCCUUCAAGGUGCGAGUCAGCGGCCUGGACAAGAAGGCCAAGUACAUCCUGCUGAUGGACAUUGUGGCCGCUGACGACUGCCGCUAUAAGUUUCAUAACUCGCGCUGGAUGGUGGCAGGCAAGGCAGACCCGGAGAUGCCCAAACGCAUGUACAUCCACCCGGACAGUCCUGCCACAGGGGAGCAGUGGAUGGCCAAGCCUGUGGCCUUCCACAAGCUGAAGCUGACCAACAAUAUUUCUGACAAGCACGGCUUUACCAUCCUGAACUCCAUGCACAAGUACCAGCCCCGUUUCCACAUCGUUCGAGCCAACGACAUCCUGAAGCUUCCGUACAGCACUUUCCGAACCUAUGUGUUCCCGGAGACAGACUUCAUCGCCGUCACUGCCUACCAAAACGAUAAGAUCACACAGCUGAAGAUCGACAAUAACCCGUUCGCCAAGGGCUUCCGGGACACCGGGAACGGCCGUCGGGAGAAAAGGAAGCAGCUCUCCCUGCCCACCCUGCGCUUGUAUGAGGAGCACUGCAAGCCCGAGCGGGACGGCGGGGACUCAGACGCCUCCUCCUGCGACCCUCCGCCAGCGCGGGAACCGCCGCCCUCUCCCAGCGCAGCGUCCAGUCCCCUACGCCUGCACCGGGCCCGAGCAGAGGAGAAGCCUGGCUCCGUAGACAGCGACCCAGAGCCCGAGCGCCUGAGCGACGAGCGCGCCGCCGCGCCACUAGGCCGAAGCCCAAGUGGGGACACCAGUCCCCCUCGCUUGACCGAGCCGGAGCGGGCCCCCCGGGAGCGGCGCAGUCCCGAGCGAGGCAAGGAGCUGACGGAAAGCGGCGGCGGGGACGGCCCCUUCGGCCUUCGGAGUCUGGAGAAGGAGCGCGCCGAGACCCGGCGGAAGGACGAGGGGCGCAAGGAAGCGGGCGAGGGCAAGGAGCCCAGCCUGGCACCGCUGGUGGUGCAGACAGACAGUGCGUCCCCACUGGGCGCGGGACACCUGCCCGGCCUGGCCUUUCCCAGCCACCUGCACGGGCAACAGUUCUUUGGGCCGCUGGGAGCCGGCCAGCCGCUCUUCCUACACCCAGGACAGUUCGCUAUGGGCCCCGGCGCCUUCUCCGCCAUGGGCAUGGGGCAUCUUCUGGCCUCGGUUGCAGGCGGCGGCAGUAGCGGAGGGGCCGGGCCUGGAACCGCGGCGGGGCUGGACGCUGGAGGCCUGGGGCCCGCGGCCAGCGCAGCGAGCACGGCGGCGCCCUUCCCGUUCCACCUCUCCCAGCACAUGCUGGCAUCUCAGGGAAUCCCAAUGCCCACUUUCGGAGGCCUCUUCCCCUAUCCCUACACCUACAUGGCGGCGGCAGCCGCUGCCGCCUCGGCUUUGCCCGCCACCAGUGCUGCAGCGGCCGCAGCAGCCGCAGCCGGCUCCCUGUCCCGGAGCCCCUUUCUGGGCAGUGCCCGGCCCCGCCUGCGCUUCAGUCCUUACCAGAUCCCGGUCACCAUCCCACCUAGCGCCAGCCUCCUCACCACCGGGCUGACCGCGGAGGGUUCCAAGGCCGCAGGCGGCGGCGGCGGCAGCAGCAGGGAGCCCAGUCCCCUGCCCGAGCUGGCUCUCCGCAAAGUGGGGGGUCCAUCCCGCGGGGCCCUGUCACCCAGUGGCUCAGCCAAAGAGGCGGCCAGUGAACUGCAAAGCAUCCAGAGACUGGUGAGUGGGCUGGAAAGCCAGAGAGCCCUCUCUCCCGGACGAGAGUCACCCAAGUGAGGGGCCAGCCCGGCUACUACUACUACUACUACGCUGCCAUGCAGGCCUCCCGGGCUGCCCGGGACGUGUACAGCAAAGAAUGGGUAUUUAUUUAAAUAAAGGAGCAAAAGCAGGCUGCAGCAGCCCAAAUAGAGCCUCGUCUGGCGGGCCGGGGUCUGGGACGCUUUCCCGGGCCUCCCCCCACCCCUCAGCAAUCAGGCUGCCUGGAACACAGUCGCCCUGGGGCCACUGGAUUCCUCCAGAUUUGCUCCAAGGUCAACUGCGCGCGCGGGGGGGGGGGGGUUGAGUGUCCCCCUCUUCCAACACUAUGGGUAGUGGUGGUAGGGUCUGGUUGCUUCGGAAGCCGGAAAGUGCAUAGGCUAGGGGUGGGCGCUUCAGAGGGCGUCCCACAGUCCCUCACCUUGGAGCUGGGGUCGAGGAUGCUGGAGCCAGUGUAGACUGGAGAUAGGAGGGUCCUGGUCCUUUUUAGCCCUCUCCCCUCUGCCCCCACCCCCAGUGACAGGCGUCCCUCCUACGCCUAGGGUUGGCAGAGGAAGUAGCACUUCUGCCUUGAGUCCCGGGGAAGGGGAGGGGGGAGACAAAGAUAUUUAUGAAAUAAAUGGUAAAUUUGUGUAAAUAA